CAUUUGUUCUUUUAAAAAAUAUAAAUUUCAACACGUAUGCUUCGUGUUCACACGUGUCCAAAGGUAAUUUACCGAAUCGCCUUCAGAUUGUUCCCAUUUACAAGCUCACCAAAAAUGGCUGAGAGCGCGUUUACUUCCACAGCACCGCGUAAUUGUAACUAAACCCAAACUUCUGAGAACCUUGGGGCAGCACCUGCUCCCGCGGUUCAAGUCCCCCGUUAGCCGCUGCGCGGCGCUCGGCCUUACGCCCUGACUCUUGGAAGCGGAUCCAGCCCGCCUGCCCCGCGCCGUCGCCGCCGCGUGGCGCACAGUGCUUACGCCACACGUACGCGCCGGACCGCCCUUCCAACGGCGACGGCGCUGCGUCACGGCUUUCAGGCGCUCCGAUCUUGGAGGUGGCUACCGCCGUGGGCCCCGCGCUGGCCUCCCGCGCCCUGGGAGUCCGGUCGGCGUCACGAUGCGGCGCAGCAAGGCCGACGUGGAACGCUACAUCGCCUCGGUACAGGGCUCCGCCGCAACACCCCGAGAGAAGUCAAUGAAGGGAUUCUAUUUUGCAAAACUGUACUAUGAAGCUAAAGAAUAUGAUCUUGCUAAAAAAUACAUAUCUACAUAUAUUAAUGUGCAAGAAAGAGAUCCCAAAGCUCACAGAUUUCUUGGUCUUCUUUAUGAAGUGGAGGAAAACAUAGACAAAGCUGUUGAAUGUUACAAGCGUUCCGUGGAAUUAAACCCAACACAGAAAGAUCUUGUGUUGAAGAUUGCAGAACUGCUUUGUGAAAAUGACAUUACUGAUGGAAGAGCAAAAUAUUGGGUUGAAAGAGCAGCUAAACUUUUCCCAGGAAGUCCUGCAAUUUAUAAACUAAAGGAGCAGCUUUUGGAUUGUAAAGGUGAAGAUGGAUGGAAUAAACUUUUUGACUUGAUUCAGUCAGAACUUUAUGCAAGACCUGAUGAUGUGCAUGUGAACAUCCGACUAGUGGAGCUGUAUCGUUCAAAUAAAAGGUUGAAGGAUGCUGUGGCUCACUGCCAUGAGGCAGGGAAAAAUAUAGCUUUGCACACAAGUUUAGAAUGGAAUUCGUGUGUUAUAAAGACCCUUAAGGAAUAUCUGGAAUCUUUACAGUGUUUGGAGUCUGACAAAAGUAACUGGCAAGCAACCAACAAAGAUUUACUUUUGGCCUAUGCAAAUCUUACGCUUCUUACACUGUCCACUAGAAGUGUGCAAGAAAGUAGAGAAUUACUGGAAAGCUUUGAUAGUGCUCUUCAGUCUGUGAGAUCUUGUGUGGGUGGAAAUGAUGAACUCUCAGCUACUUUCUUAGAGAUGAGAGGACAUUUCUACAUGCAUGCUGGUUCUCUGCUUUUGAAGAUGGGUCAGCACAGUGAUGUGCAGUGGCGUGCUCUCUCUGAGCUGGCGGCAUUGUGUUAUCUCAAAGCUUUUCAGGUUCCAAGACCAAAGAUUAAAUUAGUAAAAGGAGAAGCUGGACAGAAUCUGCUGGAAUUGAUGGCCUAUGAUCGUCUGAGCCAGUCAGGGCACAUGCUGCUAAACUUAAGUCGUGACAAGCAAGAUUUUUUAAAAGAGGUUGUUGAGUCCUUUGCCAACAAAAGUGGGCAGUCUACUCUAUAUGAUGCUCUGUUUUCUAGUCAGUCACCUAAGGAUAGAUCUUUCCUUGCCAGUGAUGAUAUAGGAAACAUUGAUGUGCAGGCACCAGAUACUGAUGAUUUGGCUAGAUAUGAUAUUGGUGCCAUUCGAGCACAUAACGGUAGUCUUCAGCACCUUACCUGGCUUGGCUUACAGUGGAAUUCGUUGCCUACCCUACCUGCAAUUAGAAAGUGGCUAAAACAGCUUUUUCAUCAUUUGCCCCAGGAAACCUCAAGACUUGAAACAAAUGCACCUGAAUCAAUAUGUAUUUUAGAUCUUGAAGUAUUUUUACUUGGAGUUAUAUAUACCAGCCACUUACAAUUAAAGGAGAAAUGUAAUUCUCACUAUAGCUUCUAUCAGCCGCUGUGCUUGCCACUUCCUGUGUGUAAACAGCUGUGUACGGAAAGGCAGAGAUCCUGGUGGGAUGCAGUUUGUAAUCUGGUUCACAGAAAAGCAGUACCUGGAACUUCAGCAAAAUUGCGACUUCUAGUUCAGCAUGAUAUAAAUACUCUAAGGGGCCAAGAAAAACAUGGUCUUCAACCCGCUCUUCUUGUACAUUGGGCAAAAUGCCUUCAGAAAACGGGCAGCGGUCUUAAUUCUUUUUAUGAUCAACGGGAAUAUAUAGGCAGAAGUGUUCAUUAUUGGAAGAAGGUUUUGCCAUUGUUGAAGACAAUCAAAAAGAAGAACAGUAUUCCUGAACCUACAGACCCUCUGUUUAAACAUUUUCAUAGUGCCGACAUUCAGACAUCUGAAAUUGGUGAAUAUGAAGAAGAAGCACAUAUAACAUUUGCUAUCUUGGACGCAGUUAAUGGAAAUAUAGACGAUGCUAUGACUGCUUUUGAAUCUAUAAAGAAUGUUGUUUCUUACUGGAAUCUUGCACUGAUUUUUCACAGAAAAGCAGAAGACAUUGAAAAUGAUGCCCUUUCUCCUGAAGAGCAAGAAGAAUGCAAAAACUAUUUGAGAAAGACCAGGGACUACCUAAUAAAGAUUUUAGAUGACAGUGAUUCAAAUCUUUCAGUGGCCAAGAAAUUACCGGUGUCCCUGGAGUCUGUAAAGGAGAUGCUUAAUUCUGUCAUGCAGGAACUCGAUGACUAUAGCGAAGGAGGUCCUCUUUAUAAAAAUGGUUCUUUGCGAAAUGCAGAUUCAGAAAUAAAGCAUUCUACGCCAUCUCCUACCAAAUACUCCCUAUCACCAAAUAAAAGUUACAAGUAUUCUCCCAAAACACCACCUCGAUGGGCAGAAGAUCAAAAUUCUUUACUGAAAAUGAUCUGUCAACAAGUAGAGGCCAUUAAGAAAGAAAUGCAGGAAUUGAAACUAAAUAGCAGUAACUCAGCAUCCCCACAUCGUUGGCCUACAGAGAAUUAUGGACCAGAUUCAGUGCCUGAUGGAUAUCAGGGGUCACAGACUUUUCAUGGGGCUCCACUAACAGUUGCAACUACUGGCCCUUCAGUAUAUUAUAGUCAGUCACCAGCAUAUAAUUCCCAGUAUCUUCUCAGACCAGCAGCUAAUGUUACUCCCACAAAGGGUCCAGUUUAUGGUAUGAAUAGGCUUCCACCACAGCAGCAUAUUUAUGCCUAUUCACAACAGAUGCACACACCACCUGUGCAAAGCUCAUCUGCUUGUAUGUUCUCACAAGAGAUGUAUGGUCCUCCACUGCGUUUUGAGUCUCCUGCAACAGGAAUUCUAUCACCCAGGGGUGAUGAUUACUUUAAUUACAAUGUUCAGCAGACAAGCACGAACCCACCUUUGCCAGAACCAGGUUAUUUCACAAAACCUCCAGUUGCAGCUCAUGCUUCAAGAUCUGCAGAAUCUAAGGUUAUAGAAUUUGGAAAAACAAACUUUGUUCAGCCAGUACCAGCUGAAGGAAUAAGGCCAUCUUUGACAGCUCCUACACAUGCAACACAGCCAACUCCUUUUAAAUUUAACUCAAAUUUCAAAUCAAAUGAUGGUGAUUUCACAUUUUCCUCACCGCAGAUUGUGACACAGCCCCCUUCUACUGCUUACAAUAAUAGUGAAAGCCUGUUAGGUCUCCUGACUUCAGAUAAACCUUUGCAAGGAGAUGGCUACAGUGGACCAAAAGCUAGCCAAACUGUUGGACCUCGAAAUACAUUCAAUUUUGGAGGCAAAAAUGUGCCUGGAAUUUCAUUUACCGAAAACAUGGGCCCAGGUCAGCAAAAGAAUUCUGGUUUUUGUAGAAGUGAGGAUAUGUUUACUUUUCACAGUCCUGGGAAGUCAGUGUUCGGAGCGCCUGUUCCAGAGCUGGCCAGCAAGAGUCAUGAAGCAGAUGGGGGCAGCACUCACGGUGAUGAUGAUGAUGAUGGCCCUCACUUUGAGCCAGUGGUACCUCUUCCUGAUAAGAUUGAAGUAAAAACUGGUGAAGAGGAUGAGGAAGAAUUAUUUUGCAAUCGUGCAAAAUUGUUUCGUUUUGACACAGAAUCCAAAGAAUGGAAGGAACGUGGAAUUGGCAAUGUAAAAAUACUAAGGCAUAAAACAUCUGGAAAAAUUCGCCUUCUAAUGAGACGAGAGCAGGUAUUGAAAAUCUGUGCAAACCAUUACAUCAGUCCAGAUAUGAAACUGACGCCAAAUGCUGGCUCAGACAGGUCUUUUGUUUGGCACGCUCUGGAUUAUGCGGACGAGUUACCAAAACCAGAACAACUUGCUGUUAGAUUCAAAACACCUGAGGAAGCAGCUCUUUUUAAGUGCAAGUUUGGAGAGGCCCAGGGCAUUUUAAAAGCCUUAGGAGCUAAUGUAGCCCCAACAACAAAUCAGGCUAUGAGAAUUGUAAAAGAACCCACAAGUCGUGAUAGCAAGGAUGUUUGUAAAUCUGAUUCUGGAAAAGUGAAUUUUGAAUUUCAAGUUGCAAAGAAAGAAGGGUCUUGGUGGCAUUGUAACAGCUGCUCAUUAAAGAAUGCUUCAACUGCUAAGAAAUGUGUAUCAUGCCAGAAUCUAAACCCAAGCACUAAAGAGCUCCCUGGCCCACCAUUAGUUGAAACUGUUACUCUUAAAGUUGGCCCAGAAAAUACUCCGGAUAGAUUUGCAUCGGUGACUUCAAAGAAGGAAGGUUGCUGGGAUUGCAGUGUUUGCUUAGUAAGAAAUGAACCUACUGUCUCUAGAUACAUUGCAUGCCAGAAUACAAAGUCUGCUACCAAAAGUGGGUCUUCAUUUGUUCAGCAAGCUUCCUUUAAAUUUGGCCAAGGAGAUCUUCCUAAGACUGUUAACAGUGAUUUUAGAUCCGUCUUUUCUGCAAAGGAAGGACAGUGGGAUUGCAGCGCAUGCCUGGUACAAAAUGAAGGCAGCUCUUCAAAAUGUGUUGUUUGUCAGAAUCCAGGUGAACCAAGCCUGUCUACUUCUGCCAUUCCAGCACCUGCUUCUUUUAAGUUUGGAACUUCAGAGACAAGCAAGACUACAAAGGGUGGAUUUGAAGGUGUUUUCAUCAAGAAGGAAGGACAGUGGGAUUGCAGUUUUUGCUUAGUGGGCAACCAAGCAAGUGCUGCCAUGUGUAUUGCCUGUCAGAAUCCAAGGAAACAAAAUCAGCCUACUUCUGCUGUUCCAGCACCUUCCUCAUCAGAUACAAGCAAAGCUCCCAAGGGUGAAUUUGCAGGAACACUCCCCAAGAAGGAAGGACAGUGGGAUUGUAGUGUUUGCUCUGUGCCAAAUGAGAGUUCUUCCUUAAAAUGUGUGACUUGUGAGGCCUCCAAGCCAACUUACGAACCUACAGCAGAAACUCCUUCAGCUUUCACAUUGGGUUCAAAAACUAAGUUAAAUGACUCUUCUGGAAGUCAGGUGGAAACAGGAUUUAAAAGUAACUUUUCAGAAAAGGCUUUUAAAUUUGGCAGUGCAGAGCAAGGAUUUAAAUUUGGGCAUGUGGAUCAGGAAGAUACACCUUCUUUUACAUUUCAGGGUUCUUCUAAUACAGACUGUAAGUCAGGAAAAGAAGGAUUUAGUUUUUCUAUCCCUGUGUCUGCUGAUGGAUUCAAAUUUGGCAUUCAGGAGCCAGAACAUGAAGAGAAGAGUGAAAAGCCCCUUGAAAAUGACACUGGCCCUCAGGCUCAGAAUGUGGGGAACGAGAAGAGUGGUGCUGGUGUGUUGUUUGGUCAGACUGGGAGCACCUGUACUUUUGCAGAUCUUGCAAAAUCAACUUCAGGAGAAGGAUUUCAGUUUGGGAAAAAAGACCCUAAUUUCAAGGGAUUUUCAGGUGCUGGAGAGAAAUUAUUCUCAUCACAAAGUGGUAAAAUGGCUGAUAAAGCUGACACUUCUGCUGACCUUGAGAAAGAUGAUGAUGCCUAUAAGACUGAGGACAGUGAUGACAUCCAUUUUGAACCCGUAGUCCAAAUGCCUGAAAAAGUGGAACUUGUAACAGGAGAAGAGGAUGAAAAAGUUCUUUAUUCACAGCGGGUAAAACUAUUUAGAUUUGAUGCUGAGGUAAGUCAGUGGAAAGAAAGGGGCUUGGGGAACUUAAAAAUUCUCAAAAAUGAAGUCAACGGCAAACUGAGAAUGCUGAUGCGAAGAGAACAGGUACUGAAAGUUUGUGCCAACCAUUGGAUAACGACUACAAUGAACCUGAAGCCUCUCUCUGGGUCAGAUAGAGCAUGGAUGUGGCUAGCUAGUGACUUUUCUGAUGGUGAUGCCAAACUAGAGCAGCUGGCAGCAAAAUUUAAAACACCAGAGCUGGCUGAAGAAUUCAAGCAGAAAUUUGAGGAAUGCCAGCGACUUCUAUUAGAUAUACCUCUUCAGACCCCCCAUAAACUUGUAGAUACUGGCAGAGCUGCCAAGUUAAUACAGAGAGCUGAAGAAAUGAAGAGUGGACUAAAAGAUUUCAAAACGUUCUUGACAAAUGAUCAAACAAAAGUCACUGAUGAAGAGAGUAAGAGUUCAGACACAGCUGCUGUCUGUGUGUCAGACACAACCUCCAGGCCAAAUCCUGAAGGCACCGGACCCACCUUAGAGUGGGACAACUAUGAUUUAAGGGAGGAAGCUUUGGAUAGUAGCAUGAGCAGUAGCUCGGUACAGGCUUCUCCACGGGCAAGUAGCCCUGUGAGAAAAAAUCUCUUCCGCUUUGGUGAGUCAACAACAGGAUUUAACUUCAGUUUUAAAUCUGCUUUGAGCCCAUCGAAGUCUCCUACCAAGUUGAAUCAGAGUGGGACCUCUGUUGGCACUGAUGAGGAAUCUGAUGUUACUCAGGAAGAAGAGAGAGAUGGACAGUACUUUGAACCAGUUGUACCUUUACCUGACCUAGUUGAAGUGUCCAGUGGUGAGGAAAAUGAACAAGUUGUUUUUAGUCACAGAGCAAAACUCUAUAGGUAUGCUAAAGAUGUUGGUCAGUGGAAAGAAAGAGGCAUUGGUGAUAUAAAGAUUUUACAGAAUUAUGAUAAUAAGCAAGUUCGCAUAGUGAUGAGAAGGGAUCAGGUAUUAAAACUUUGUGCCAAUCACAGAAUAACUCCAGACAUGACUUUGCAAAAUAUGAAAGGGACAGAGAGAGUGUGGGUGUGGACUGCGUGUGAUUUUGCAGAUGGAGAAAGAAAAAUAGAGCAUUUAGCUGUCCGUUUUAAACUGCAGGAUGUUGCAGACUCCUUUAAGAAAAUAUUUGAUGAAGCAAAAACAGCCCAAGAAAAAGAUUUUUUGAUAACCCCGAAUGUUUCUCGUUCGACCCCUCCCAGAGAAUCACCAUGUGGCAAAAUGGCUGUAGCUGUAUUAGAAGAAACCACAAGAGAGAGGUCAGAUUUAAUUCAGGGUGAUGAUGUAGCCCAUGCAAUUUCAGAAGCGGGAGAAGUGGCUGGUGCAUCUGAAACAACAAAAGCAGUGGUUUCUCCUCCAAAGUUUGUGUUUGGCUCAGAGUCUGUUAAAAGCAUUUUCAGUAGUGAGAAAUCAAAACCAUUUGCAUUUGGCAACAGUUCAGCUACGGGGUCUUUGUUUGGAUUUAGUUUUAAUGCACCUUUGAAAAAUAACAACAGUGAAACUAGUCCCAUAGUCCAGAGUAGAUCUGAAGGAAAAGUGGAAGCUAAUAAUUGUGAAGAGUCAAAGAACUCUGAUACCAAACAGUCUUCAGAUGGCAAAGUGAAAAGUCUCUCUGCUUCUUUACCAAAGGAAGAGUCCUCAACUAAUUAUACAUUUAAAACACCAAAAAAGGGAUUUAACUUUAGCCUUUUUAAAUCUAAUCCAAUGGCUUUUUGGACCAGCACCCCUUCCUCACAGCCUGAGAACGAAGCAAAAGAGAAGAAAAUGCCUGCAGAUCCUCCCUCAGAUGAUGAUGUUCUUGUCAUAUAUGAGCUGACCCCUACCCCUGAGCAAAAAGCUCUUGCAAGCAAACUUAGACUUCCCCCAACUUUCUUCUGCUAUAAGAAUAGACCAGAUUAUGUUAGUGAAGAAGAAGAGGAUGAUGAAGAUUUUGAAACAGCUGUCAAGAAACUUAAUGGAAAACUAUACCUGGAUGACUCAGGAAAAUUUCGACCAUCAGAUGAAAAUCUAACAGAUGAGAAAGAAUGUGUUAUUGUUUGGGAAAAGAAACCAACAGUUGAAGAGAAGGCAAGAGCAGAUACGUUAAAGCUUCCGCCUACAUUUUUUUGUGGAGUCUGCAGUGAUACUGAUGAGGACAAUGGAAAUGGGGAAGACUUUCAGUCUGAACUUCAGAAGGUUCAGGAAGCUCAAAAAUCCCGGAAUGAAGAAAUAACUAAUAUGGUGGACAAUAUGUGUUCAGAUGGGAAUAAAGAGGCUGCACCAUUAUGUAGAUCUGAAGAACCUGAUUUUAUUACCAAAUCUGUUAGCUCAUUACCUGUUUCUUCUGGAACUGUGGACAAACCUGUGGAUUUGUCUGCUAGGAAGGAAAAUGAUGCGGAUUCGACAAGCCAAGUGGAAAGCACAACAGUUUCGUUUGGAUUUGGAAGUAACACCAGUCUGUCAUUCGCAGACUUGGCUUCCAGUAAUUCUGGAGAUUUUGCUUUUGGUACCAAAGAUAAAAAUUUCCAGUGGGCAAAUACUGGAGCAACUGUGUUUGGAACACAGUCAACCAGUAAAGUUGGUGAAGAUGAAGAUGGUAGUGAUGAAGAAAUAGUUCAUAAUGAAGAUAUCCAUUUUGAGCCAAUAGUGUCAUUACCAGAGAUAGAAGUAAAGUCUGGAGAAGAAGAUGAAGAAAUUUUAUUUAAAGAGAGAGCCAAACUUUAUAGAUGGGAUCGAGAUGUCAGUCAGUGGAAGGAGCGUGGUGUUGGAGAUAUUAAGAUUCUUUGGCAUACGAUGAAGAAUUACUAUCGGAUCCUAAUGAGAAGAGACCAGGUCUUUAAAGUGUGUGCAAACCAUGUUAUUACCAAAACAAUGGAAUUAAAACCCUUAAAUGUUUCCAACAAUGCUUUAGUUUGGACUGCCUCAGAUUAUGCUGAUGGAGAAGCCAGAGUGGAACAGCUUGCAGUGAGAUUUAAAACUAAAGAAAUGGCUGAUUGUUUUAAGAAAAAAUUUGAAGAAUGUCAACAGAAUUUACUGAAGCUGCAAAGAGGACAGGUGUCCCUGACAGCAGAGUUCUCAAAGGAGACCAAUCCUGUAGUGUUCUUUGAUGUUUGCGCAGAUGGUGAACCUCUAGGACGUAUAACCAUGGAGUUAUUUUCAAAUAUUGUUCCUCAAACUGCUGAGAAUUUCAGAGCGCUCUGCACUGGAGAGAAAGGCUUUGGUUUCAAGAACUCCAUUUUUCAUAGAGUAAUUCCAGAUUUUGUUUGCCAAGGGGGAGAUAUUACCAAACAUGAUGGAACAGGAGGACGAUCCAUUUAUGGAGAUAAAUUCGAAGAUGAAAAUUUUGAUGUGAAACAUACUGGUCCUGGCUUGCUAUCGAUGGCGAAUCGAGGCCGGGAUACCAAUAAUUCUCAAUUUUUUAUAACACUGAAAAAAGCAGAACAUUUAGACUUUAAGCAUGUAGUAUUUGGAUUUGUUAAGGAUGGCAUGGAUACUGUGAAAAAGAUUGAAUCAUUUGGUUCUCCUAAGGGGUCUGUUAGUCGAAGAAUUAGCAUCACAGAAUGCGGACAGAUGUAAAAUACUGUUUUUAAUAGUAAAACCUGUAUAAAUAGUUGAAUUGAAGCUUACCUGUUAUGAAAAUAUGGUAAUUAUGUUCAGCUUUUGAAAAUGGACAUUUCCAAUGUAUAAAUGUAAAAUUGCAGCUUAUAGCUGUUGUCACUUUUUAAUGUGUUACAAUUGACUUUGCAUGGUGUGAAAUAAAAGUUUAAACACUGGUGUAUUUCAGGUGUACUUGUGUUUAUGUACUCCUGACAUAUCUGUAUUAAAAUGGAAUAAUACUAAUCUUGUUAAAAGCAAUAGACCUUCUCAAACUAUUGAAGGAAUAUGAUAUAUGCAAUUUAAUUUUAAUUCCUUUUAAGGUAUUGGACUUACUGCAUGGAUUACUUAUUGUUUAAAUAAAGGGACCACAACUUGGAUAUGUUUAUUUUAGAUUGGAAAUAUAUUUGGUAAAAAUUUUAAUUAUUGGUGUGCUCAUUUAUGCAUAGAGACUCACUUCCAAAUGGGUAGAGCCACAGAAGGGUAGGGACUUAACCAAAGUGCUCUUCUAUAAUCCUUGCACCUCCUGUAUAGUUAAAUUAACUUUUAAGUAGAGUAGUACCUUCUUUUCUUAAAAUGGUAUGUAGCGUCCUGUGCCCUUUCAAAGGUAUUAAAUUAAUUUUUACAUUUUAAACAAGUUGACUGUUUCUUUUUUUUUUAAAUAAUUUUUCUGUCACCUGUUUCUGCUACCUCAAGCUGCAGUUGGUUCUGAUAGAACUUGAAUUUCUCCUUGCAGUUAUUGUGAUAAAGUAUGAAUAUUUUUAAAAGGUCUAUACUGUGUUCUUUGGUUAAAGAUUUACUUUAUACUAGAUUGUUGCAGUACCUUUUUCUGGUGAAUUUUGUAGCAAAAAUAAAGUGACAAUUGUUAACAGCCAUGACAUUUAAAAAACUCA